UUUUCACCCGAUUAAUCCAUCAAAAUGUCUUUUUAUGAUUCCUCCCGAGAUGUUUACAUUUCAGUGGAAAAUGGAAGAACUACUCUACAUGCCAGAUGCCUAACUCCGGAUGGUUACUAUAAGGAUAGCAGCAUUGACCUUGAUGACCAUCUUGGCAAUGGAGAUGGCCGCUUCGAGCAGGGUGGUUCCAACUUCACUCAGAGUGCUCAAGGUGUUAAGCUGGAUUUUUAUAACAACGACCCACUUUUGACAGCUGAAUUGUGCAGGUAUGGUGGAAGAUAUGACUAUGCUACUUUUCAUAUAAACCGUGUUAUUUCAAAUGAGAAUGGUGUUCUCACCUGGGUAGGUACUCACUCUGCCUGGCGUUAUAUAUGUAUGCUGAUGCGAUUCACAGAACUAAAACAACAAUUAAUUUGGGAAUGGGGAGAAAGGGCUUGGUUGAGCAUACUAGAACAUGGAUGA